UCGUAAACUGAAGCUUAGAUACCAUCGAUCCUUCACCUAUUAAUUUAUAGUUUCUUCGACUGCCCCUCUAAUUUUCCUACUACACACCGCACUGUCUAACGGCGAUAACAAAUGACAGCUAUCUCAAAUUCUUUGGUCCUAACGAGAAAUCCUGAGCUUCAUCUCUCACCUGGACCACUGGAAAAAUGUCUCCAAAAUUCUGUGCCCACCAAGUUGUCAUUCAGUUUGAAUUGUCCAGGAAAAGUGCAACUCACUACCUCCAAAAGGGCACUCACAGUUAAGGCUGCAAAUAGUGAUGGUGGAAGGUCAAGCGGCGCUGGUAUUUUUGUCGGUGGCUUUGUUUUGGGAGGACUUAUAGUUGGUGCACUUGGAUGCGUAUACGCACCUCAGAUUAGCAAGGCAUUAGCUGGUACUGACCGAAAAGAUCUUAUGAGAAAACUCCCUAAAUUCAUCUAUGAUGAAGAAAAGGCUUUGGAGAGAACCCGAAAGAUAUUAACUGAGAAGAUUGCACAACUGAACUCUGCUAUUGAUGGUGUUUCUGCUCAACUUCGAUCAGAAGAUGCCCCAAAUAGAGUGGCAGUGAACUCUGAUGAAAUUGAAGCUGUUAUAUGAGAAACGCUGAAUGUGUUAUAGAAUACUAUACUUCUUCUCUCCCACCUGCAAUUUCAUGGCAAGAAAUAAUAGCUGAACUGAUUGUGAUGUCUUCUUCUUAGUGAGCAGUGUGGUUGUCUGCUCAAUUGUUUGUGGUGGCUGCUUUGCGCUGGUUUAAUUUUUAUAAUAUUACUUGAUAUAUCAUUUAAGUUUUAUUUGAUUAUCUAUUAUUGAAA